AUGUAUCCAUCCCCUCACACUCAAGACGAUCACAUUAACUGCCAGCGUAAGAGCUGUUCAAGCCAUUCACUGUUUGGGACACAUUUGUUAAGAGGUCUCAUCAAAGUCGAAUGUCGAUCUGCAUUAGACUUUGGUAAAGAGACAUUCAUCAUGGCGGGCAGGUUCAGUAUUCGCUGCUCUCCCAGGAAGCCCCUGUCUAAUUCUUGA